AUGCCUUUCGCAGUUCUUGUGAGCAUCGGGGAUGGUGGAGGAGGAGCACCGGUGCUGGAGGAGCAACAAGUCAUCCUUGGCGUUCUCGGCUAUUACACGACUGAACGCUCUCAUGCGCCACAUUUCAUCCCCCCCUGCCUUUCCCCCUCCCCUCCCAUCCGCUCUUCCCCCUCGCCGUUCCCCCGCCCUCUCCCCUCUCCCCCUCCCCCCAGCAAGGAUCUCAACACAGUGAGGCAGCUGCUACACGACUGCACGGUCUCAGUUACCCACUCCUCCUCCUCCUCCUCCCCCUCCUUCUCCCCUCCGCCUCCCCUUCCCGCCUCCUCCCCCCUCCCUCCCCUUCUUCCUCCCCUUCCUCCUCCUCCUCCACCUCCUCCUCCUCCUCCUCCCCGCACCUCCAACCAAUCGAAGCCGUUGCUGCCCUAG